AUGACGACCGCCUGGAAAACGCCGCCGCGACUGCCUUCAGCGCCUUCCCCCGGCCACAAGCGGAACUCCCCGCUCCCGCCGAGACGCUGCAUCACGACUCCACCAACUGUUGAUACAGUUGUUGGCAGCGAGCGGGCGGGCGGGAGGGCGGCGGAGGACGGUCGACGCUCCUUCCUUCGCUCAGGUCUGGCCGGGCUGCCCACAACAAUGGCGGCGCGAAGGCCCCCCAUACGUCACACGCGCACCAGGCCAGGCCGCCUGCCAGCCUGCCAGGCCUACUCGUCCCCUACCUUGCCCCCGGCCACCUCGCCUUCCCCCUCGCCCCCGGCCGCCUCCCCCCACCCCCGCCCCGCACAAGUCCUCCAGAAGCUUAAUGCAAGUCAUGCCACAUUACCUAUUAGCUCUCGGGGCAAGAGGCGAGGCGGGCGGCCGCACUCUGCCUCGAGCCCGCGCUCCCAGAUCACCUCUGCCGCCGCCGCCGCAGAUGAAAGUCCGGCCGUGGCCAUUCACCCGCUCCGCUACGGAGUAGCCAGACGACACGCCCAACAACAGCGAGAGCCUCCGCCACCAGCACCGGGCGCCCUCCUGCCCACGUCACCUGCACCGAGCCGCCAGAGCCAGUAG